UGGACUUGCAGAGCAGACAAGGUCCGCAAUUGAGCAAGUGGGCACGACAAUGCCAUCCACCUUGGGCAGAAGUUGAACUCAAGAGACCGGCACGAGAGAUCCGAGGUGAUGAAAAUUCAUGUCGUUACGAGAUGGGGACGUUGAAAGAAGGCACAAACUCGCCGCAUUCUAACAGGCGGUGAGCCCCGCACUAGUCAAAGCCGCAAGUGCGCCGCAUCCCAACUUCCUCACUCCCAUCUUCGCACAUUCACCCCUGCAAUCCUUACAAGACCGAUUUGCACCCCUGUCAAACAGCAAGCAAACGAUACAAAAUGCCAUCUCCCAGCGAUAUCCUCUCAGACCCAGACAUCAACAAGGCCUACGAGGAUGUUAGAAGCGAUAAAUCGGAGACCACGUGGCUCGUUCUCAAGUAUGAAUCCGCGACCAAAGACAACUUGAAACUGGCUGCCAGCGGGACUGGUGAUAUCUCCGAGAUGACCGAGACCUUGGGUGACGAUGAGGCGGCAUAUGGAUACGUGCGUAUGAAGCUAGGCAAUGAUGAGUACUCAGAGCGUGUCAAAUUCGCGUUCGUUGUUUGGGCUGGUCCUAACACGAAGAUCAUGCGAAAGGCUAAGAUGAGCUUUCAGAGUGGGCAAGUCAAGCAGGUCAUCCGAACUUAUGCUGUGGAGAUUCAGACAAGUGACAAGAAAGAGCUGGACAUAGACGCCGUCACUAUGAAGCUUCGCAAAGCUAUGGGCGCGAACUACGAUCGACAAGGCUCAAGCUACUAAGUUUUGCCAUUGAAUACUAUUUAUUCGCUUUACACUACGUUGCCGAAUACGGAAUUGAAUUCAAGCGAAAGCCGGGACUCGGCAUCGGCUCGGAUGCCCGUUCAGGUUCAUCACG